AUGCUGCGACGGCCCCCAAUCGACGGGCGGGGGUCCUCGCAACAGCAGAAAUUAUUUCUCGCUUUCGCCGUGAUACUUGUGCCUUGGUUCCAGCUCGCCGACGCUCAACCGCGGCAAGCCGCUCAUUCAAUCAUCUCACCACAUGUUGCCCCCGCUGCUGGCGUUGACGUGGAUGUAGACGGUAGCUACAAAGACCGAAAAAAGCGCUCCGGCGAAGAUCAUCCCGCAGCUUUCGCCGCUGCCGCUGCCGCUCGAAAUGACCCCGCUCCUUGGGGAGCUACACCCAUCAGCGCAGCUACGAUAGAGACACACAGCAGUGGUGAUCACAAGAGAUCAGCUUUGCAGAAACAAUCCGAUUACCAGCAGGAGGAGCAACAUCAGCCGCAAGCUGGACGCAGCUCCAAAAACACACCCCGCAACCCUCGUCCCGAUGACUACGUACACAAUCAUAAGAAGAAACAAACUUCAACCGAUGCGAGCGCCUUUGCAACAACUUUGGCUCCGGAUAACUCCGUCCGAGCACCAUCUCCUCUACGACGCCAACCGUCUGGGUUAACCUCGCCGCAAUAUGCGCGGAGUCUGGAGGACUGGGAAGUGGAAGACUUUGUUCUUCUGGCGACCGUCGAUGGAGACCUCUAUGCUGCUGACCGUAAAACCGGCAAACAACUCUGGAGUCUCUUGGUCGACCAACCAAUGGUCGAAACUAUUCACUACCGAGGCAACAGUUCUGAACUCGAUGACGACUACAGUCCAGUGGACCACUACGUCUGGGCUAUUGAGCCUAAUCAAGAUGGCAGCGUCUAUGUAUGGAUUCCCGAACCAAACGCUCGACCACGAUGGACCGGCUUCACUAUGAAGGAGCUGGUAGAAGUACUAUCCCCCUUUGCCGGAAAUGAACCGGAACCUGCCGUUGUCUAUGUUGGUGAUAAGAGAACAACAAUGGUUACUCUCGAUGCCGCCACAGGACGUGUCAUCAAGUGGUUCGGCACUGGAGGAUCUCAUGUCAAUCAGGCUGAAAGUUGUCUGAAGCCAAAUGCAUUGUACGACAGGGAUGCGGAAGAAUGCAGCACCACGGGCACUAUUACCCUCGGCAGAACCGAGUAUACAGUCGGCAUUGAGAGGCGGGACGGAAAGCCAAUUGCCACUCUGAAAUAUGCCGAAUGGACUCCUAACAACCGUGAUAAAGAUCUCUUUUACCAGUAUCGCGUAUCAAAGGACAAUCGAUACAUCUCAACACAACAUGAUGGCAAAGUAUACUCCUUUGACUAUGCACGCUCCGACUCGAACGCUGUCCCAGCUCGCCUCUUCAGUCAAAAAUUUGAGGCUCCCGUGGCUCGUGUAUUCGACGUUUGCCGUCCCUGGGAUGCCACGCCGGAUAGCAAUCCGGAUCUGAUUCUCCUAUCUCAGCCAAUAAUGCCAUCGCCCGAUGACCACACAUCAAACAGUAUUUUCCUUAACCGUACCGCAACCGGUGGCUGGUAUGCGCUCAGUGGCCGUGCCUACCCUCUCAUUGACGCCGCCCCCGUCGCCCCAGCUUCCCGACCCAAUGGGUGGGAGAAAAUGGCCUCGUGGGAUAGCAUGACGGAAACUAAACUAUCCAGGUUGAUCGGCACCCACUCACUAGGUACCCAACAAAAGGUUCAGCAAUUUCCUACAUUGCCUGACCGGCCAGCAACGGGUGAUGAUAGAGAAGACCCAGACAAUCAGUCUGUCCCCCAACAUGUCCCGGCCGAAAUCGAGGAACCCACCAUUGUGGAUAAGGUUAAGAGUAUUCCACAAAGUGCCGCGACUAGCGUCUACGAUUUUUUCAGUAACCCUGUCCUGAUCAUUUUCCUUAUUGGUCUUUUGGUCUACAACAGGAAGACUUUUGCCAGAGCAUAUCAACUGUGGCUCAACGGAAGCAGCCCUAGGGUUGCAUUUUCAUACUUGCUACCGGGAGCAACGCCUGAUGACAAACUUGCGACGCAGAGUACUGAUGUAUCGGAACCCAAUGGAAAGCAAUCGCCAAAACCAGCCACUGCAGAGGACAAUUCAAGUGACGCUAAUCUGCCUGAAUUGGAUGCCAAGGCUGGGGAUUGUAGCCCCCGCGAUGAUGAUGUUGCAAAACCUGAUAAUGAAAGCACCACCGACACCGAUUCGACGCCCAAGUCUGGUGACCCAUCAUCAAAGUUGGGUGCUAGUAAAGAUAAGUUAGCUGAUGGUCCUGACAACAACACAGUUGCCGGUGGUACAGGCUCAGAAGUUAAAAAGAGAAAAGCUCAUCGUGGGCGUCGAGGUGGUGUGAAGCAUCGGAAGGGUAGGCCUCGGGACAGUUCGCAAUCCCGAGGGGAUGAACCACCGAAUGCCACCGUGGAAGAGGCCGUUAGCAAUGCCAAGAAGCUAGGAGACCGACCCACCUGGGAACCUGAUGUCUUGACAGUCGCCAACGAUAUGCAAGCCGUGUCCGGUCCUGUUGUCAGAAUGGGAAACAUUGAAGUCAAUCUCGAAGAACAGCUUGGAACAGGUAGCAAUGGUACGCUCGUGUUCGCUGGAAAGUUUGAUGGGCGUGAUGUGGCCGUCAAGCGAAUGUUGAUUCAGUUUUACGAUAUUGCAUCCCAGGAGACGAGGCUUCUGCGAGAAAGUGACGAUCAUCCAAAUGUAAUUCGCUAUUACUCCCAGCAAACCCAAGGUAGCUUUCUCUUCAUCGCCUUGGAACGCUGUGCUGCCUCAUUAGCAGAGAUUGUGGAAAGACCGCAUGCAUUCCAUGAGUUAGCAAAUGCUGGGAAAGUGGAUUUGCCAGGGGUCUUGUAUCAAAUCACCAAUGGAAUCAGCCACUUGCAUAAUCUCCGCAUUGUUCACAGAGAUCUGAAGCCUCAAAAUAUUCUUGUCAAUAUGGGCAAGAACGGCAAACCACGGCUUCUAGUUUCUGACUUUGGUCUGUGUAAGAAAUUGGAGAGUGAACAGUCGUCCUUUGGUGCCACGACUGGCAGGGCAGCUGGAACGUCUGGCUGGCGAGCUCCCGAACUCUUACUGGAUGACGACGGCCGCGACCUCAACCUGAUGGAAGCUAGCACUCAUAGCGGAUCUGGCUCUGUGCUUGUUCAGGACGGCACUAUGCCUCACCACCGAAGGGCCACGCGCGCCAUUGACAUUUUUUCCCUAGGUCUUGUCUUCUUCUAUGUCCUGACCAAUGGUUCCCAUCCGUUUGACUGCGGUGACAGGUACAUGAGGGAGGUCAACAUCAGGAAGAACAACUACAACCUACAGUUGCUGGAUGUUCUGGGCGACUUUGCGUUCGAGGCAAAGGAUCUGAUCAUGUCGAUGCUCAACGCCAACCCCAAGCAGCGGCCAACGGCAACCGAGAUCAUGUGUCAUCCGUUCUUUUGGUCGCCUAAGAAGCGACUUUCUUUCCUUUGUGACGUGUCGGAUCAUUUUGAAAAGGAGCCCCGUGAUCCUCCAUCCACAGCUCUACAAGAGCUCGAGCGUCAUGCUCCCGAGAUCACAAGAGGCGACUUCUUGCGCUCUCUUCCUCGAGAGUUUGUCGAUUCUCUCGGCAAGCAGCGCAAGUACACGGGCUCUCGGCUCCUGGAUCUUCUGCGGGCGCUCCGCAACAAGCGCAAUCACUACGAAGACAUGCCCGACUCUUUGAAGCGCCAGGUCGGACCUCUCCCGGAGGGGUAUCUGAGUUUUUGGACGACGCGAUUCCCGCAGUUGCUGUUGGUGUGCUGGAACGUGGUGUACAAUGUGCAGUGGGAGGAGACUGACCGGUUUAGAGAGUAUUAUGAGCCUGCUGGACUGUAA